GUUACCCAGGCGACAGGGGUGUAAACUAGAGCAUCGGGAACUGGAGAAGUACUGCACCUCCCCUAUAUUUUGUAUAUAUAUAUAUAUAUAUAUUUUAAAAUUGCAGACUGAUGGCUUCAAUGAGUCAGCGACGUAACUUGACACACAAGCAGCAGGAAAAAAUGAUUCUGAAAACAAGACAACAGGAGUUCCAGCGGGAGGAUCGGUUGAAGCAUCUGACUCAGGAGAAAAUGAUGGAGGCCAAUAUGAUCAGCGAGGAGCGCCUGGAAAAUAAACGGUAUCAGAGAAGACUGAACGACGCGCAAAAUGAGAGGCGCAUGGAGGAAGCCCUUCAGCAGGCUGAAAAUGAAAGAAUAAUGAAAGAACAACAGUUUGAACAGGAAGAAAGGAUGGCUAAAGAACUAUCAAGGAUAAAUUAUGAAAAACUGAAGGAUGAGAAAAUCAGACAACGGAUCAGAGAAAACAGCAUUGAACUUCGUGAGUUGGAACUGAAGCUAAAAGCAGCUUAUUUGAACAGAGAGAGAGCUGCCCAGAUAGCCGAAAAAGAUGCGCUAAAAUACGAUCAGUUAAGAGAAGAAGCAGAAAUGCUCCAAAAAAUGAAACAGGAGCAUGAAAAAGUGUCAGAAGAGGAGCUUAAAGCUGAAAAGAGACGCUAUGAAGAGAUGGUUCACUACCAGCAGGACCUGGAACAGCAGCUUGAGGAAAAGGAAAGGAUAAAGCAAGAAGCCUAUGAAGAAUUUUUAAAAGACAAGCUGUUGAUUGAUGAAAUUGUUAGAAAAAUUUAUGAAGAGGAUCAGACGGAAAGACAAUUAAAAUUGGAAAAAAUGACAGCUACUCAGAGAUAUAUUAAAGAAUUCACCGAGCGCCAGACAGAGUGGAGACGUAUGGAGCGUGAAAGAAUGGAAGAAGAAAACCGGAAAAUCAUGGAGUUUGCUAAUUUUCAGCAGCGCCGGGAAGAAGACAGAAUGGCUAAAGUCCAGGAAAGAGAAGAGAGAAAAUUACUUCUUCAGAAAAAGCUGGCAGAACAAAUUCAAAUGGAACAGCAACAGCGUGACCAAAUGGAGAAUAUCAGAGAGGAGUUGUAUCUUGAAGAGCAAGAGGAGGCUGAAAGACAAAGAGAAAUUGAAGAAAUGGAGAAGAGAAUUCGGCAGAGGCUGGAGAUGCAACAAACCUUCAGGGAGCAAAUGGCCUUUAAGCAACUUCGGCAACAGGCAGAGAAAGAGGAAGAAGAAGAAUUCAGACGAGUUAUGAUGGCAAAGUUUGCAGAGGAUGACCGUAUUGAGCAAAUGAAUGCUCAGAAACGGCGAAUGAAGCAAUUGGAACAUCGCAGAGCUGUGGAGAAACUUCUGGAAGACCGAAGGAAGCAGUUCCUGGCUGACAAAGAACGUGAACAACAGGAACGUGAAAUUGAGCUCCAGCAAGAAGCUAUCCGCCAUCAAAUCAUUGAGGAAGAAAGACAGAAACUGCUCAAACAGCAUGCCAGUAAGCUGCUUGGGUACCUUCCUAAGGGUAUAUUCAAAGGUAAAGAAGACCUUAAUUUAUUUGAUGAAGAAUUUCAAAAAACUUUCCAGAAGAGGGAAGUGGAUCCAUUUUCAGAAGAGGGCUGGGACUACAAAUAAUUUCCUUUUAAAGGUCACUUUAGAAGAGUACCACUAGAUGUCACUGUUGUCAGUAUAGUUACAGCAGGCACACCAUAGGAUAAUAAAUAUAAUAAAGUACCCAGGUAUUGUACAUAAUUUAUUAUUACUUUGAUGAUAAAAUGACGAAACAUAAUCAUUUUGACUAGUAUAACUUUUAGCAUUUUAGGUUGUUGAUAAAAUGGGCAGAAGUGCCUUUUUAUAAAUAGUGGGUUUGUGAUGUAUAUGUGAACAUUAAAGGUUUUAUUUUCUGUCUGAAUUUGUAAAUAA